AUUACUAUUGAAAUACCAUUUUAUUUGUUGUUAUUAUUAUUAUUAAAAACUUAUUAUAGUUUUGUUUUUUGAAUGACAUUUACGGCAAUAACUAAACUAUUGGCCAACUAUUUGAAAGAUUAAUUAACCGAUUAAUUGUUGGCCACCACCACAACAACAAUGCGUGCCAUGCGAUCGGUAUCUGUUGUACCAUUGUUUCGGAUAACAACAACAGCAGCGACCGUCGAUAGUCUAAUCGCCGCAACACUGGUCAAGUCGGCCGGUCUAUCCAUACGAUCGGCAAUAACGACAACACUGUCGAAGACAAGAGUUUUCAUACGGAUAUUGUUUGGCCGCCAAUCGACGUCCGCCGGCAGCAGCCAAACGUCAGCUAACGGCUGGCAAACAACGCUUUCAUCUGAAUUCAAGACACGUAUAGUAUCUGACGGUCGCCAUCGACUACUCGCCGCCGAUUCGGCCACAUCUUCGCCGACCAAAUUCAACAAAUGGCUUAACCGUCUACUCAGUGAUGGACACAAACUAUUCGUUAACCGAUUGAAUGCCAACCAACAGAUCCUACCGAAAGCUAUUGUCAUCCGUAAUACUGGACUAACAUUGGGUUUAGUGGGCGUAUGCGUAAAAACCAAUGACCACAACCAGCAGCCGUCGUUGACCACCGAAACCGAUGUUAUCGAAAGUAAUUGUCAAGAAAUACGUAAUAUUUUCCUAUCCUGUCGUCAGUUCGUUGCCGGAAAACAUUGUCGUCAAUUGGAUUCAUUGCCCGACGACUUAUCGCUGAAUAACAUUGAAUUCGGUUCCUGUAUAGCAAAAGGUUGUAAUGGUGUCGUCUAUUCGGCAAAACUCAAGAACAUCGGCGAAGACAAUGUCAAUGAAGAGUCGGUUGCAGUAAAAAUGUUGUUCAACUUUGAAGCCGAAUCCAAUGCUACCGACAUAUGGAAAGCCCUACACAAAGAGUGUCUACCAUUUUCGGGUGACCUAAAGAUUCUAAGCGCUGAUAAUAUCAAUUGUUUACCGAUAAGUGGAGAUGAAAAACGGCGGACAAAACUCGGUCCGCAUCCAAACAUUGUCGACAUUUUGGGCGUAUUUGUCGAUAAAACGCCACAACUGGGCGAUGCUUUACAGCUAUAUCCCGAUGCUUUACCCGCCCGUAUGGGCGGUUACGGCCGCAAUAUGACACUGUUUAUCGUUGAAAAACAAUAUCAAAUGUCACUUAAACAAUACCUGUCGUCCGCCGCCGGUACCGUCUCUACCAAUACGGCCAACCUAUUGCUUGUCCAGCUGUUGGAAGCGGUAUCCUAUCUGACCAAAUGUCAUGUAGCGCACCGUGACUUGAAAACCGAUAAUAUAUUAUUGAGUUUUGACGAUCAAAUCGGCGGCAAUGACCACUGUCCGUGGCUUGUGGUCACUGAUUUUGGAUUUUCGCUAACAUCGUUGUCGCUACCGUUUCCCAGCGAUGAACUGUGUCGGGGCGGCAAUCGGGCACUGAUGGCACCCGAAAUUAUUGGCGCCCGUAGCGGCCCGACGGCCCGACUUGACUAUAGGCGAUCCGAUUUGUGGUCAGUGGGUGCCAUUGCCUACGAACUAUACAAUGGCCGCAAUCCGUUCUAUCCGUAUCCCGAAGCGCCUGACUGUUGUCUAUAUAGUCAAUCGUACACUGAUUCACAACUACCUGAGCCGCCCAGCGAUAUGCCGCCGCUAAUACAGUCGCUGGUCGUGUCGUUUCUCUCCCGUAAUCCAAACAAAAGGACACCAGUGAUAACUGCGGUAAAUGUGUGCCAUAUUUUACAACUGAUGAAACCGACAACACUAUUACAUAAACUGUUGACAACAACAACAGCAACACACGAGUCGGGUAUCAAACGAAACAAAUUGAUCUAUCGUUGGCUUAAGACUCUAUCGAUGAACACUAUUGCCAAUAGGCUUACCAUUGAUGGUAGUGGUGAUGAUGAUGAUGACAAUCGCCAACCAUUAUUAAGUGCUAUUGAAUUCAAAUUGCGUGUCCUAUUCCUGUCUCAGGUCAAGAUCGAGCACAUGAACAGUGCACUCGACUAUAUCGCCGAUAAUACCUUUCCUUAAGUGAGAGAAAGAGAGAGAGAGAGAGAGAGAGAGAGUAGAUCUCUAAG